AAUAGGAUACUCCAUUCUGUCUCUGACAUAUCGAUCACACAAUUUCACCAAAAUAUCAUCAAUUCUACUCCAAUUCUUCAAAUCGCUUCUAAAAAACCGUACGCGGUACGAAUGAAAAAAAAAAAAUCCCAAAACCAUCAGACUAAACCUGCAUCACUCCCCUCCCUCAGCUCAGCACACCGCACAUCAGAGCCAAGCUCCCGCAGCUUGCGAGCGUCUCUGCACCCACACGAUAUCGCGGUAGUUUCGCGCGAGUAGGAAAUCCCCUGAGCGCGAAAAAGGGGGGACCGGCGGCCAACGAAAGAGAGAGAGAGAGAGAGAGAGAGAGAGAGAGAGAGAGAGAGAAAGAUAAGUGGAGCAGUUAUCCCUCCGUCGCAGCAGUAGAUAAGCGCUCUUCCGUAGAGAUGAGCGUGCGAGCGAAUCCCAGCGUAACCUCCGCUGUGCUCGCACUGCCAACGACAUCCUCACGGAUAAGCUUGACACACGCGCUUCUAUCAUCGAGUGCUUUAGUGGCCGAUCGAUAGUAGAACGCAUAUAUAGCGGAGCUUUCGCGCCCAGACUGCUGGGACUCGGAGGGAUAGUAUAGAGUAGCGAGGUAGCGUGCGCGAGCAGCUGACUGCAGCAGUGGCCAGCAUCGACGCAGCAGCAGCUUUCAUCCACGUGUGCUCGCGAUAUGGAUCGAGCUUUGUCAGGAGUACUGCUGGGAUUACAGCCGGGAUGACGCAGCUGGAGAGCUUUGAUGGGUUUCGGGGAGAGCUUGCGACGUUGAGCACCAUCACAGCAGUGCAGAGUACUCGUGGCGAAGCCUGUUAUGCGGCGGUCAUCGUGGCGAUGAGGCAACUCCUGCUACUGGCCAUACUGGGCCUCGUGUCUCCUGGAAGGGCCACCUGGCCGGAAAAGCUCGCCCAGCAACCUGGCAAUACCCUCGUCGAUUUUCUCGCCUACCGGCAUGUCUCCGUUGUUCACUUCGACGUGCGGGAAAACGCCGUCUCGGUCGGCUUCAAGUUCACGGUGAAAGAGGAGAAAACGGGCGGCAUAGGCGAGUGCUCGCCGCGUAACGUGACGAUAAACGUCAAGUCGGGAAGUCUGCCGCUCGUCCGGCCGGAUGGCUCGCGGAUCGAGGCCAAACUGCUGGAGAACCGUAGGCGGCACUACACCAUAGACUCGCUGAGCAACGGCGACGAGCACGUGGUGAACAUCGUGGCCCCGCCACCAGGUGACUGGUACGUCAUCGCCUACAGGUCCUGGACCAACCCGGACACCGGGAAGAUCAAGCAGCAGGGUCUGGGCGCCAGCUGCGAGACCCUCCUGGACGCGGAGAUGUCGAUCGAGUUGGCCGACACUGUCUUCGGCUACGGCGACUCGAGCUACACCGCCGAGCUGACUCAGCAGUCCGACUCGGCAGUCAUGCAGUUCCGCGUCCCCAAGAACACGGCCGAGUCGACCCUGAACGUCCAGUCGAGCUGCGGCGAGGAGUGCCUCGUCUCUCUGCACGUCACCACGGCGGAGCACAUCCUCGGCCGGGUCAUCAACUCCAGUGAGGAGAGCAUCGAGUUCCGGCCCUACGACAACGACGCGACCCACUACGUCACCCUGAGACUCGAGUCCGGGAACGCGAGUCGAGUGAGCGUCGGCUUGGAGAACGACCGGGAAGACGAGGACGUACUGACCGAGGUGCGACUGACCAGGAAGACUCUGCCGGAUUUCUUCUUGUUCGACUACGAGCAUCUGGUGGGGAACAGCAGCAAACCCGCCCCGAUGAAUCUCACCACGGGAAGCUUGAGUGUGCUCAGGUUCAAGGUCGGAGGCGUCUACGAUACCGGCGGCACCUUGUCGCUCGGACUGAGGCUCGCCGAUAAGGAGGACAAGCAGGACAAGCAGGACAAGCACGAGAAGGAGAGGGAGGACAAGGUCGUCGUCGUGGGCUGCGUCUCUUUAGGUUACCACUCGCCGAUAACAUCGACGGGCAACUGCGUCCGCGACUCGGGCGGGAGCAGCAGACCGGCGGACAUCUUCGUGGCGAACCGCAGCAGUCCAGCCUUCGUGCACGUGCCUUACCCCGAGCCAGGAAUCUGGCACCUGACUCUGCGCGCCUACUGCCUGGACGAUCCUCCGGCCGACUCCGAGGACGAUCGUCGGCCCUGCGAGUGCUUCGAGGAGUGCGCCCGCAACGCGACCAACUGCGAGGGCUGCGACUGCGCCCACGAAUGCGAUGCUCGGGUCGAGAGCAGCGUCGCCUCCUCGCCCUGCAUCGAGGGCGGCUGCAACGCUCACGGCCGAUGCGUCCACUACAUGAGCGGUGGCUUCGUCUUCUCCGCGUGCCACUGCACCGGGGGCUACAGGGGCUUCGACUGCAUCGACGACGCCUUCGUGCUCAGCAAGAGCGACGUGCUCGCCAGGUUGCUCAUGCUGACCCUGAGCAACCUGGCGUUCGUCGGAGCGAUCUACGUGGCCAUCGGGAGGUUCUACUACACCGAGUCCAUCGUCUACGCGGCCGUCAUGAUCUUCUCGACGUUCUAUCACGCCUGCGAGGCUGGAGAGGAGGCUCACAGCUUCUGCCUGAUGAAGCUGAGCGUGCUGCAGUUCUGCGACUUCUACAACGCCCUGCUGUCCAUCUGGGUGACGCUCGUGGCGAUGGCGUCGAUGGGCCCCCGAGCGACCUCCUUCUGCCAGAUGCUCGGCGUCGUCGUGCUCGCCGUUGGCGCGGAGAUGGACCGCACGGCCCUCUGGGUCUUCCUGCUGCCGGCCAUCUCGGGAGUCAGCCUCGUCGUCGUCUACUGGGCCAUCAAGUGCCGACAGAAAGGCACGCUGCAGUACCCCGCGAGGGUCUACAGGCUGAUCUACCUGCCGAUCGGCCUGAUCGUCGUGUUCGUCGGACUGGUUUGCUACGCUUUCCUGCAGACGCGCAGCAACUACUACAUCGUUCACAGCCUCUGGCACGUCUGCGUCGCCGCGGGUGUUGUACUGCUGCUGCCCAAACGCGAGUACAUGCAGUGAUGACUGUUUCCGUAUUUUAGGUCUAUAUGAAUAAUUAUUGUUAUAUAUACACACAUGCGUUGUUAUGUAUCGAUCGAUCGAUAGCGCGCGCGCGCGAGAGAGAGAGAGAGAGAGAGAGAGCUAUACAAUAGAUCUGUUAUUCUCGACGACGAGGUUUUUACAUGUGUAUUAGACGAGGUUCCUGACUCUUAUUGCAUUCGCACGAACUGGUUUUCGUAUGUUGUAAUUACUAUUACUGUAAGUAGCAACGAAUUUUUCGCAAACGCUCUUCUGGGUGUGCGUGUGUGUGUGUCACGACGUUGUUCUACACGUUGACAAAGCUAUAUAAUGUCAAUUCUGGAUUGAAGCCUUUUGUUCGUUCUGUUUGUUCAGAGACUUUAAAAACUAUAUUCGUGCAAUAGCGAUGAACUAAAGAAUACUCUUUAAAAAUAGACGUAGAUAGGGAAAUGAGACGAUGGCAAGGCAGUUUAAGCAUUGGCGCACGCCACUAUAUCCGGAGAAAUGGAAAAGUGCCUUUGCGCCACUUAUUAUCAUCUAACGGUUCGCACGAUAACGUAUUUUUCUGAGAUGUUUAACUUCAUAAAUAGAUACAGUAGGUACAAUUGUUAGUGGAGCCCAUUUUUUUUUUGUUCCCUUGAAACUCGGAUUGUCAGCAUAUGAGCUCUAUUUUUCUAGCUGACAAUAAUGAAAUUUGAAAAGAAGUGCAUUUACUAGAAAAGUAUUCCGCUUGUAAAGCGUAUUAAAGUAAGAUAGAGACGGCUAUGAGAGUUUAUAUUUGUACUAACUAUUAACGAAUCUAAAAAAAAAUAUGACAGACUACAAAGUGAAAAAUGUAACAUUAAUAAAUUGUAGCGAAACCAUAUAGAGGUUGCAAUAACCACAUAAUAUUAUGUACGAUAUGAUUAUAUGUAAAUAUUUAUUGAUCUAAAUUAUAUUACACAAAUUUUUCACACGAA